GAGAUUUAAAAAUUCGUGGCUAUGUACAUGUCAUGUGAAUUGUCAUAAAUCUUAUUAUUCCUAGAUUUUGCUAUUUUGCAAAACCAUACUCAAAAAUUUGUCAUACACUCCAAUUCCCAAACUUAAAACGGCUACGUAAAUUUGCCAGUGGGCCAAUGUGAAUCUCGGCCCACUAAGCCACUUUCCACGAAAUAGUGACGCACUAACUUCCUUUAAAUUACCAUAAUAGCCUUCAAAAUGUAGUUUUGACUAUGCUCUUCGACCAAUGCGAGGCAGCACAUAAGUACAGCUCCAGGUGUCAGUUCACCACGCGAUCGCUUUUCGUUCUAAUCUCAACCGCUGAAUCAUCAAGGGCUACGAUUCACCAAGUCCACGUUUCUGCAAACAGGAGCGAGUAUCGUAGACUACUAAAGUCUAGCGAGUAGACUUAGACAAUGAAAGGAGAGCGAUAUUUCAGCGUACCGAAAAUAUCUUGCCGAAUUGCCUCUAUCCGAUUCCCGAUUUUCUUCUUCCUUUGAGACUGUGUUCCUAUUUUCUUUGAUCUUCCCGCCUCCCAAACACAUCAUCCGAAACGAAAAAUCUUGACAUGGAUCGAAGCAACAGUACUUUCUGAAUCCAAGAUUUGAAUUAGGUAUUGUAAUACCACUCGAUUUGGUUGGCCGAUUACUGACGUUUCUGAUCUUGUUUGAGGUGGAAUCGAAGUUCAGCAAAUUUGUGAUGGAGCAGAAGAAGAGGGAGUACCAAUUCGGCGGUGGUAAUGGUCGUAGAAAUGGCGAUGAAAGAGUUCUUCUGUGGGAGGAUGGACUGCCGGACGUUGAACAUUUAACCCCUCUUUCUCAAUCGCUGAUAUCGCAGGAACUCGCUUCGGCGUUUAGGAUUUUGAUGGAACCUCAUCGGAGUAUAUUGGAUGUUAAUUCGGCGUCGAAGACGACGAUAAUGAAUAUUCGCGAUGGACAGUCGGAAGGAUACAGAAGUUUCAAGUUUAAGUACGAUCAGACGGGUAGGGAAGACGUUGUGAUGGUUGAAUCGGACGAGGAGAUAAAUCCAGAUGAGUUGGGAUCUGAUACGAGGAAAUUGAGGAGGAGUGAUUCUGUCGAAGAGACGAAUUUAGCACCUCGAGCGGAGAGUUUGAUUGAAGAUGCGGCAUUGGCUCGAACCUUGAAACGGCCGAGGCUCGCUUGGACUCCGCAAUUACACAAACGGUUCGUGGAUGUGGUUUCUCAUCUAGGUCUCAAAGACGCAGCUCCCAAAGCUAUCAUGCAAAUGAUGAAUGUGGAGGGAUUAACCCGCGAAAAUGUUGCUAGUCAUCUUCAGAAGUAUCGACUUUACUUGAAGAGGACGCAGAUUUCCUCGACUACUGAUGAAGCUCUUGUUCCGAUGCCGGCCACGCAGAACUCUCAUGAUUCUUCUCCCAGUGCCGAUUCACACGGAAACGGCUAUUUUCCGGCUACUUUUCCGAUGACUUAUGUGCCUUCUCCGAUGAUGCCUAUGAUGUUUUAUGGAAUGGGAGCUCAUGGCCAUGGUCUUAGUCAAACCGGCAUGCCAAUGGUUAACCUGAGCACUGUACCCACCCACUCGUGUAGCUCGAAAGGGCAGCAUGAUUGAUAGAAAUGACAACUGACAAGUAGGGUUUGAUUUGGCCUUACUUUCAUUGUGUUCUUAAUCCAAACUCGAAAUGAUAAAUGAAGUUUGAGAAGAUUUCAUCUUGA